AUGGUGAAGCUGAGUGAAGAAGCCAAACAGAGGCUGCAGCAGCUCUUCAAGGGCGGCCCGUUUGCCACCCGCUGGGGCUUUAUUCCUCUGGUGGUUUACCUGGGAUUUAUAAGGGGUGCAGAUUCUGGAAUGCCUGAACCAUCAGCUUUAAACCUACUUUGGGGAUAAAGGACUGUUCGGUCAUCUGGA